CUUUGGAAUUUUCUCUACAACCAAACAAACUAUAAAUAUUAUAUCAAUUUGGUCUUACCAUUCAAACUUCAACAAUACAGAGAUCUCCAUUCCCUUUCCUCUUCUUUCUUUUCUUGAACAAUGAACUUUGAUCUCUUGCCUCAAGAUUGUUUGGCACACAUUCUCUCGCUCGCCUCCACUCGAGAAGCAUGUCGUUUGUCGAUAGUCUCCGAGACGAUGCAUUCGAUGGCUAAUUCAGAUGUUGUAUGGGAGAAAUUUCUUCCAUUUGAUUGUGAGGAGGUUUUGUCGAGAUUAGAUUCCCCACUAGUUUGCUCUACCAAGAAAGAGUUAUAUCUCAAAUUAUGUUGUCCUCAUCUUAUCGAUGGGGGCAAGAAGGUCUUUUAUAUAGAUAAAAAGACAAGUAAGAAAUGCUAUAUUUUAGGUGCAAGGGAGCUUCAAAUCCAAUGGUCAAACAAUCCUCUAUAUUGGUCUUGGAAUAGGCAACCAUUUCUCAAAUCAAGUAGAUUUGAAGAGGUUGCAGAACUUAGAACCAUAUGGUGGCUAGAAAUAAAAGGCAGAAUCAACACCAAACUGCUUUCCCCAAAAACACUCUACUUUGCAUAUCUUUUGGUGAAGUUUGCAGACAGAGCUUAUGGGUUAAACAAUCACCCAUCUCAAGCCUCAGUUCAGCUCAACACUGUGACAUCUCAGAGAGAAGUGUACUUGGACAAGGAAAGAGGCUGCAACAAUGGAGGGUUGAGUAAAAAUCGAGUUGUCGAUCGUGGAUCAGACGAUGAAACGGAAGAGGAUGAUUGCGGUUGGGUCAAGAUCGAGUUGGGGGAGUUUUAUGUCAAUGAUUUAGGAGACGGGGACGUAGAGAUGUGCUUGAAAGAGGUCGAGAGUCAACAUUUGAGAGGUGGCCUUGUAGUCGAGGGAAUUCAACUUAGGCCAAGAAUGUAACUAUAUAUAUGGAAGAAUACUCAUUAGGGUUUCUUUUUUUUUUUAUGAGAAUUUUAUUUGAUGAUAUAAUAAAUGUUAAAUUUCAAAUUUAA